AUGUCACAUGAGGGACAUAAUCACGACGAUGUGGACAUUAUGGGUGGUGGUGACAUGCCUGGUAUGAGUGGCAGCAACAUGCCCGGAAUGGGUGGCGACCUGAGAAACACAACAGAGGCGAUGAUGCACUCGAGCCUUUACUGGGGAAAAGAUGCUGUAAUCUUGUUCUCUGGUUGGCCAAACCAGAAUCUUGGGAUGUAUAUGCUUGCUUUCUUCUUAAUCUUUCUGAUAGCUGUAGCUGCUGAGGUUUUGUCAGUCUCUCCUACUGUAAAAGCCGGCACCAGCCCCAUCAAGGCGGGUGCCAUUCAAGCCAGUGUCUAUGCUUUCAGAAUCGGUUUUGUUUAUCUGGUCAUGCUCUCUGUCAUGUCCUUCAACAUAGGUAUCUUCAUAGCCGCUGUGGCUGGACACACCCUGGGAUUCUUCAUCAUCAAAGCUCGUUCACAUGCCCAGACCAACCAAGCUGCUCCCAAAGUCUGAAUCAAACAUACAUAACUACUUUCUAUGUUGUGUGUUUACAUGUUGAUUUUCAUCUUGUGUGUGCGUGUGAAUAACUCUAGUGCUUGAUGUGUGAUUGCCCUCCCAGAUAAAAUAAUAAUAAAUGGGAUCUUAGGGUGUUUGUUUUUUCGUGUGAGGUUUGUAAUAAAGUCUUCUUAAUGUGGCCUUCGUCUUGGUUUAGUUAUGAUUUAGGUUGUUGACUAAAAGUCUAGGUCUGCAUUUAAGGCAAUUGUGCUGAUUUCUGUAUAAAAACAUUAUAGUUUUAAUGUGUUUGCUUACAGUUAAGUUAUGA